CCUCUGAAUUCAGUUUCACUUUCUAUUGUGUUCUUCGGUCUCAAUUCAGUUUUCGCUUUCUAUUGUGUUCUUCGAUCUCAAAGGUUCCUGUGCUGUCAAUUGAUCAAGCAAUACUUAACUCACUAAGUCACUAUUCAGUUUGAAAAUGGACAUACAAUCUCAGUCAUUACUUACAAGGAGCGGAGUUAAUCUUGACUCGCAUUUUAUACUAGACGCUUGUGAGUAUGAUAAUGGUCGUGCUAGCUCCUCAAGUUGGUCUCUUCCAAAUUAUCAUUUACCAGAUUUAUUUGGAGGUCGAACAAUUCCUUCACAGAAUGUUGUAAUGCCCACAAGGAGUGGUUCAAGGCAUAGACAUGUUCAUCCUUCACACAAUGUUGAGAUGCCCACAAGGAGUGGUUCUAGGUAUAGGCAUGUUCAUGUUGGUCCUCCACCAUCUCUGUGGUUAUCCCAUCAAGGAUCUUCUAGGCAUCAAAAUCUUCAACCUAGAGGCUUUCUCCAACUUGGUCACAGCAAUGUGCGCAUGGAAACUGAACAUAUGUCUUACGAGGAGCUUCUUGCACUUGGUGAGCGGGUAGGCAGUGUUAGCACAGGCUUAUCUGGUGAAACAAUUAGAGCUCAAAUGAAGAUAAAAGACUAUGCAGUACCUCAAGCUUCUGAGCAACAAGAAGCUGAUUCUUGUGUAAUAUGUCAGGAAGAAUACAGAGAACAAGAGAAAAUUGGACUUCUUCGAUGUGGGCAUGAAUUCCACGCAAACUGCUUGGGGAAUUGGCUUCUUAUAAAGAAUAUCUGUCCCUUGUGCAAAUCAGAAGCACUGGCCAUUAGAUGACAUCUCCAGCUUCCUGCAUGUUUUUGUUGUUGAUAGUUAUUUUCUUAGAGUUUCUUAAUUUUGUUGGUAGUUUUGUAUGUAAUUUCCUUUAAAGAAAGCUGCGGCUCUGGCUUUCUUUUCCCCUAAUUGUAAUUACUCUUG